CGCUCAGAAAUGACAACAAAAUCCUAACAAUAUAUUCUCCUCCGAGAAUAUCAUACUUGAAAUCAAUAUAUUGUUCUCUCGUUUCAAUAUAGCUAUAUUGUUUUAUUUAGUUAGAGAAGACAGCAUCUACUCCAUUCCAUAGAAGUGUUGACUAAUCGCAGAGUAGAUGGAACAUGUACAUCUUGCUGCUGAGGAAGAUGACCUGUACUCGGGCUACAACGACUACAAUCCAACAUUUGAUUCAGAGGAACUUGACAAUGAUGCUGGUUUUCAGCAAGCAGUCAGAACAAGCCAUGGGAGAAGGCCCCCCAUGACUGCCAAGUUUCCUGGCACUGCCAUUGGAGGACGGGCUUUGGGGACCUCUUUUGGAGUAGAGAGCAGGUUUGGCAGUGAGAGCAGGCUUCUGAAGUCUAGGAUGCCCAUGGCCUCAUCUAUGGGCAGACCCAUGACUGGUGCUGUACAGGAUGGAGCAGCUAGGCCUAUGACUGCAGUCAGAGCAGCAGGCUACUCUUCAGCCAUGACCAGAGGGUCUACAUUUGACCCACUGGGUCAGUCCAAAGGACCAGCUCCUCCGUUGGAGGGCAAAAGUGAAGAUACGCCGGAUGAGAAGGUGAAGAUCCUGGAGAAGAAGGUGAACGACCUGAUAGAGGAGAGCUGCCUGGCGCACGGCCGUGGAGACCUACAGUUGUCCCUAGAUAGAGCCAAAGAGGCAGGGCGGAAGGAGAGAGCACUGGUGAGACAGAGGGAGCAGUCAGGCAAUGCAGACCACAUCAACCUGGACCUCACAUACUCUGUCUUGUUUAACUUGGCAACUCAGUACGCUAACAAUGACAUGUACGCGGAGGCCCUGAACACUUACCAGGUCAUCGUAAAGAACAAGAUGUUCAGUAAUGCAGGAAGGUUAAAAGUGAACAUGGCCAACAUCUACUUCAAGCAGAAAAACUACCCCAAGGCCAUCAAGUUCUACCGCAUGGCCCUGGACCAGAUCUCCAACUCCCACAAGGAGAUGAGGAUCAAGAUCAUGCAGAACAUCGGUGUGGUCUUCAUCCGCAUGGGCCAGUACUCUGACGCCAUCACCUCCUUUGAACACAUCAUGAGCGAGAGCCCCAACAUUAAGACAGGCUUUAACCUGAUCCUGUGUUACUACGCCAUCGGAGACAGAGAGAGGAUGAAGAAGGCCUUUCAGAAGCUCAUCUGUGUUCCUCUGGGGAUCGACGAGGAGGACAAGUACAUCCCACCCAACGAUGAUACACAUGCCAACCUGGUUAUUGAAGCCAUCAAGAACGACAAGCUUCACCAGAUGGAGAGAGAACGUAAAGCCCUGGCUGAGAAAUUCAUCAUGACAUCGGCCAAGCUCAUCGCCCCAUCCAUCGAGGCGACGUUCGCCGCCGGAUUUGACUGGUGUGUGGACAUGGUGAAGAGUUCCCAGUACGUAGAACUGGCCAAUGACCUAGAGAUCAACAAAGCCAUCACCUACCUGAGACAGAGGGACUUCAACCAGCUUGAGGCUGUGGAGACUCUGAAGACGUUUGAGAAGAAAGACAGCAGAGUGAAGAGUGCUGCAGCCACUAACCUCUCCUUCCUCUACUUCCUGGAGAAAGACUACGACCAGGCUGACCGCUAUGCCGACCUGGCCAUGACAGCCGACCGCUACAACCCAGCGGCGCUCAUCAACAAGGGCAACACAGUGUUUGUGAAGAAGGACUAUGAGAAGGCUGCAGAGUUCUACAAGGAGGCUCUCCGGAAUGACUCGUCCUGCACUGAGGCCCUAUAUAACCUGGGUUUGACCUAUAAGCGUCUGGGGCGUCUGGAGGAGUCUCUGGACUGUUUUCUGAAGCUCCACGCCAUCCUGAGGAAUAGCGCCCAAGUCAUGUGGCAGCUAGCCAACCUCUUUGAGAUGUUGGAGGACCCCCACCAGGCAAUAGAGUGGUUGAUGCAACUGAUCACUGUGACGCCCACAGACCCCCAGGUGUUGGCCAAACUGGGAGAGCUCUACGACAGCGAGGGAGACAAGUCUCAGGCGUUUCAGUACUACCAAGAGUCCUUCAGAUAUUUCCCCUCCAACAUUGACGUUAUUGAGUGGCUGGGGGCCUACUACAUUGACACUCAGUUCUGUGAGAAGGCCAUCCAGUACUUUGAGAGAGCCACACUAAUCCAGCCAACUCAGGUGAAAUGGCAGCUUAUGGUGGCCAGCUGCUACAGAAGAAGUGGAAACUACCAGAAAGCCCUGGAGACUUACAAAGACAUCCACCGGAAAUUCCCGGAAAACGUUGAAUGCCUGCGUUUCCUGGUGAGGCUGUGCACAGACAUGGGGAUGAAAGAGGUCCAGGACUACGCCACCAAACUGAAGAAGGUGGAGAAGAUGAAAGAGAUCAGAGAACAGCGGGUGAAGUCGGCGAGGGAGGGCAGCGCUAGAGGCACCCGGAGAGAGGGCAGCGCCAGCAGUGAGGUGGAUGUCAAAGCAGUCUCUCACCCUGAGCCUAAACACAGUCCUCUGCUGGACCAGGGGAGAGACAGUGGACACAGCAGUCAUGGCACCAGCGCCAAGGGGGAGAGGCUGAGCGCCAAGAUGAGGGCACUUCCUGGCUCCAACGAACCCUACGAGGCCAGCAGCCAGCGAGACAUAGAUGCAUCUUACGUGGAUCCACUGGGGGCUCCGAUGGAGAGACCAAAGACUGCAGCUAAGAAGCGCAAUGAAGAUGACGACUUUGCUGAUGAAGAGCUGGGAGAUGACCUACUACCGGAGUAGCCAGCUGCAGUUCCCCUGCUUUUCUCCUCCCUCUUCCUUGAAGAUUAAAUGAGUUGGGUAUUCCCCCCCAAAAAAGUAUAUUUACAAAUGGAAACGAUGUGAGUUUGACUCAAGCCUCCCUUAUACAUUCAGGCAAACCUAUGGCGUAAACUGAGAUUAAUAUUUUCCCAUAUGCUAGUCUGGUUGCAUUUUAUCAACUGGAAACUUUGUGGAAAUUCCAUUGUCAUUAACUCUAUGCUACCCUCAGGAUAGUAAUACAGUUUUAACCCAGUUUAGAGACUCUUCAUUUAAAUGAAUACUUUAUAGGCUACAGAUGUUUAUUUUUUGCAAUGCAAUAUUUAUUGUAAUUUGCUACAGGCAAAUUCUGUUCUGAUUGAGGUAAAGAAGCACAUGUAUCUCUCUGAUUUGUCUUGUGAACUAUUUUCAAAUGAUUGAAAAUUAUACAAUAUUUUUUCACCGUACAAUUGUGGAUGUGUUGCACAUGGGGAUGUGUGAAACUUACUCCUUAGCCUGGUGUCCCCACUUGGUAAGACGCUUCAGGAGUGCGGUCACGUGUGCUAGCAAGGCAGAGGUCCCAAGUUCGCACCAGGUAUGGGCCGAAUCAUGAGGAAGUGGCAUAUGGUAUGGGCUGCGGACAGUAAGGGUGCUGAGGCUGCUGCAGCACCCCCUGAAAAAUCAGAAUAAAAAAAUAUAUAUA